AUGGCUUCGCUACUAUCCCAGCCUCGCUAUAUCUACAAGAUUGUGCCUUCUACUGCACCAGUCCGCGAGCCAAUUCCCGAGCGGCUCAUGGUAAGCGAACUGGACAAGGCCGAUGACUUCAUCCACCUCUCGAUGGCGCAUCAGGUGGGAGGCACAUUGAAAGCAUUCUUUACGGAGGAACCACUGGUCUAUGUAUUGAGGAUCGAGUAUCAUCGUGUGAUACAAGACAUCCGCUGGGAGUCCCCAGACGGGAAAGUGUCUGGUCCUCGACCCGGCGAAGGGCUUUUCCCACACCUCUACAAUGGACUCAAACUGGGCAGAGAGGAGAUUGAGAGCGUUGCCGUCUGGCAGAACGACGAGGGAUGGGACAAAGCUCUCGCUGCGGCAAAGCCGUGGCUUCUGUACUGA